UUCACGCAAUACGUUAGUAGCCUGCUCCUCGAGUCGUCUAACUUUAAGAAACAAAUUUAAGAUGUGGUUCCGGUAUUUCGCUCUGUUCCUCGUUGUUGUGGCAUACGCAGAUGGAUACUCCGUGGGUGCUCCUGAGAGCGCUUGUAAAGACAUGAUCCCAAGACAUCCUGUUCCUCCCCAAAAAAAAGCUGCACCAUACAUCAUUUCUACAAGCACCAAGGAAGUCAAGGCGGGUACACCCAUGCAAGUCACGAUUUCUGGUAAAAGUGCUAACGACACUAUUCGCGGGAUUAUGUUGCAAGCGCGAGCAGGUGACAAAAUCGUCGGAGUGUUCCAAGUAGACCCCAACCACCCUCUUGCCAGGACUAUGAACUGCGGCGUUGAUGGGGACACAAUAACCCACAAGAAGCACGAGCAUGCGGACGACCAACAAACAGUAACUUUCACAUGGACUCCACCAGCUGACUUUAACGACGUCAUCAAAUUCAGAGCUACUAUUGCUCUCAACGGCGCUGUGUUCUGGGUAGGAGUGGAAUCCGCACCGAUAAAAGUAACACAAUAAAUCGCUAUAUAUUAGAAAUACUUACUUAUUAUGUAUAUUAAAUAUUUUUUUAUAAUUUGAAUAUGCUGUGAAAUGUAAUUUAUAUAAAAUAAAAAAGUUCAAUAAAUUAUGCCAUUUAUUUCCAAAACAUAGAA